AUGGCAGCGGUGGUGGCUCUGUGGAGGAAGGCGAUGGAGACCGUGAAGACUAAGGAGUUCCGAGAUUACCUGACCAGCACGCACUUCUGGGGCCCAGUGGCCAACUGGGGCCUCCCGCUGGCCGCCUUCAGGGACAUGAGGGCAUCACCGGACAUCAUCAGUGGCCGCAUGACGACUGCGCUCAUCUUCUACUCGAUGGCCUUCAUGCGCUUCGCCUACCGUGUACAGCCUCGCAACUUGCUGCUGAUGGCGUGUCACGGCACCAACAUAGUGGCCCAGAGUAUGCAGGCAGGCCGCUACCUGAUCUACCACUAUGGCGGUGGCACCGCGGCAGCCACCACUGCUGCUGUCUCUAACGCCUCUGCCACCUCUGUGGAUUCUACUGCAGCUACCACCCCUGCAGCUCAAGACCCUGCGGCUGACAGCGACUGCCGGGAGAUCUCCUACUGUUGUCUAGUGACCUGGGACUGUGAUUGA